AACUGAGGAAGGAAUCAAACAAAGCCUAGAAAUGAAUUCUCUGAACGUCGUCUUAGUUUUGAUGAGCUUCACAACAGUAUCCCAACAAAAUGAAGAUGCCGAGUUUAUCCCAACUACACAAAGUGAUUUACUCAAGCUUCUAGAAAUCAAGGAAAAGCCAAGCGUGUUACGAAGCAGGUCUCAAGUGCCUAAAUAUGUCAUGGACUUGUACAGGGACCAAGCUCACUUUGGUGGUUUUACCAAGGCAUGGAAAUCAGCUCCUGGUACAACAAUACGAACUUUCUUUCGAGGUAUGUAAAUGUGUUUUCUCUGUCAAAUGCAUACCCGAGUGAAUUAUAAAUGUCAUCGUAAUUUGCAUGGUUAACGAUGUCUUUUAUUAUUGUUUUAGAUACGAGAGUCGUUGACGAUGGGCGCCUUUUCUUCUUCAACUUAUCAGCACUUCAAACCAAAGAAAAAGUUCAAAAGGCAGAAUUGAGGAUAUUUAAAAGACGUUCCAAGCUCGACUCCUCUUGUGGACACUUUAAGGUGACAGUGAAUCGUUUAAACCGCAGAGUUGUGCGGGACGGUGCCGCAAGUAGCUGGAAAAAACGAAAGCAAACUGUAGUCGACACAAAACUGGUGAAAUGUAGACGAGUUGGCGAGUGGAUUGUUUUAAAUGUUACCCCAGCUGUGACGUUUUGGAAUUCAUGGCCGUCGCGAAAUUUCGGCUUGUGGAUAACUGUGACAGGAUUAGGGGCUCCAGAGUCAGAUUUCUACAUUGCCACUGGAGGUAGAAAGGAGCCUAUCCUGAUCAUUUAUGGUGACAGUCAGAACGAAAAGAACGACCACAGAUUACUAAGAAGUGCUAACGAGGUUCCCAAAGAAACACGAGAGACGUAUCAACAACAUACACGGUCGAAAAGGAAAAGCAACGAAGAGGCUUUCAGUUCUACAAGAAGUCGAAGAUCUGUAGAUGAGGAUAUGUGUACAAGGCAUCAACUGUUUGUAAAGUUUCGUGAUUUAAAAUGGGACAAAUGGAUUAUAGCUCCUCGUGGCUUUAAAGCUUUCUAUUGCACGGGGAAGUGCCCCGAAAUCAUCGACAAAUUCUUCAAUCCAACCAAUCACGCAAUAAUACAAAAUCUUCUUCAUCACCGACAUAAUAAAAACAUUCCCGCUGCUUGUUGCGUACCGACGAGUUUACACUCAAUGACUAUAAUGUAUUUUGAACUAGAUGGCAGUAUUGUAUUAAGAGAAUAUUCGGGUAUGGUAGCAUCAACAUGUGGCUGCCGCUAAAAAAGAGUUUGUCCCGUUCAAUUCACUGCAAGCAACCAUUAUAGAGCUGAACAAUUUAGUGUCAUAAAGAACGUAUUUAUAUUGAUGAAUGGUGCUAUGCACCCUAAUACAAUAUUGGAAAAUAUAGACCAAGAUUAAAGUAGAAUGCUAUCUAACCAGAAAAAAUAUCUACAAUAGAUUGUCCUCUAAGGAAAGGACAUA